CCUCCCGAUCAUGUAAGUACGCUAUUGGUCCAGAGAACCUUUCAGUCUGUCAGUCAUAAUCAGUACGUACGUAAACGUGAUAUGACAGGUUACUAAUACCCCCUGUUUCAGGCCUAGCGCGGUGUGUGAAGUGAUUGUGAAAUGACAUAGCCUGGGGCUAGGCAAGGACCGGUUUUUCUACCGCUGUCCGUAAACGUCCGGUGUGACGAGACAUCCGUUGGCCAGUGUGUGUGCUCAUGUUGUUUAUAUCACCAGACCAGGUAUUCCUGUAUUAGUGAAACACCUGUCAGCAUUUGAGGACAGAUUGUGAAGAAAUUUGUAAGAAGAUCUGGCCAGGUCGAGUGAAGACACACAGGUGUGCGCGAUAACGAGGCUCGAUCGAUGCUACACAGACCGGCAAAAAUAGAGCUGUCGAACCCAGGCCAGAAAACAUCGCUCUCAAGAACCUAGUACCUGGUCUUCUACUCUCACCGUAUGGCUGCCAUGGGCUCAUAGUUUGUAAGGGGGCGGAACGUUUGCUGAGUCAACAUGGAGGGUUCAGUCGCGGGCACAGUCCGGGGUCUCUUCCACCAACUCAGUCUGGAGGGCUCACCCUUCGUUAUCCCGAUCCCGUUCCUCAAGAAGUCCGAGAAGGAGGCGUCAGAAGAUAAACCCUCCGACAUGGAGCUAGAUCCUUCUCCAGAAGACGUCUGCGAACAAGGUGACACUCGUAGACUGUCUACAGGCAGUGUUGACUCUGUCAAAUCAGCGACCUCCAUAGCGUCCAGUAUGACCAGCAGCGAGUGUUCGGAAGACGACAAUUCGGAAAUAGACAGUGACACAGAGACAGAAGAGACGCCCAGCGGUUGCUCGGUCUUGGUCAGUCGACGCAGACGGUCCUCUCUCAGCAUAGACUCUAGUGAAGAUGACGGGAUGUCCGACUAUGAGGAGGAUAACAUCCUCUCUGUGUACUCCGUCCCGAGUACGACCCAAACUUCUGUCCCUGGCACGCCUCUCUCAGAAACAGACGAACCGUUUGUGAAAAGAGGCGCUACCGAAGUCGUGAAAGAGUACCAUUCAGGGGGAGAGAAGAACGGACUGAGCAUGCACUUAACAGGUACUCACACAGGAAGUAGUGCCACAUCCAGAAACAGCUCCUUUGUUUCCAUGCGGACUUUAUAUUCCAUGGAGGACAUUGGGGAGCCCAAAGACAAGAAGCGAGGCGGUAACAAAGUCAUGCAGUUCAACAGACUUUCGUCAGACGGCGCUGCAUGUAAAAUAGCUCCGUGUGGUGAAGAGCUUCCACUGAAGGGCGCCAGUAAACAAGUGGAACAUUCAGAACCAGAGGAGGACAUCAACGGUAACCGGCCGUAUCCGCCCGCCCUGUCGGACCAGAGUUCGUCAAACAGGACAAAGCCGAACCUGAAGUUGAACUUGAAAGGACUUUGCGGGAACGCACCGUUCGGAAAGAAAGACUUGAUGGACGGGAAACUUCUGAAGUCACCCCCUGCCUGUCUAGAUGUAUCAAGCGAAGAUCAUGUACCAGGGUCUGCCUCAGUUGACCUUCAGGGUAGAAUUCCAAGAUGGCCGACCAGCUCCACCGUCACAUCCGGGUUCUCCGAGCUCCUCCUGACCCCAUCUGACUUGACUGAGAUGGACUCUGACGAAUCAGAUGCCAGCGAUUGUGAGGACUUCUUCGAUAUGUCGCACGUCGGCGUGUUUCACAACAUUGUGCCGUGUAACGGUCUGGAAGAGUUCGCUCGCAAGUACUUCAACGAAGACUCUCUCUCGUACAAACUAUUCGUAGACAUGGCACGACAAAGCCCGGUCGUUCAAUCCAUCGUAGAGGACGAAUUUUUGUGGUACUACAUCUGCUUAUACUGGAGAAAGCACGGCCGCCAGCUUCCCGCAAAGUUCAUUCAGUUCAUAGAAUUCUCGAUAGCCGAGUACAUGUUUUCCUACGCGCAGACGAAAGACAUGAGUGAUAAAGAAACGUACGGAAAGGCCCUGGAGAGGCUGGCGUUCGUCGGAGGCGUGGGUUUCUACAACUUGAUCGGGAUGGAGAUCAUGUCGAUCGAGUCGCAUCAGCUGAAGGGAGUCACAGACAACAUUGAAGAAUACUCCUUCGGCAUCUUCAAAGGAAACGAGCGAAGCUCAGAAUGCACAGGAGCAAGCCUACACGUCUACGACUACUGUAUCUCAUUGUGGAUAAGUGGCGAACUGAAUAUACUGAUGGGAAAACUGACAAAGGAAGAGAUGGCAGGUUAUCACGUCAUCCACCACUGCGUGGGUACUCUGGAGUACACCCCGAACAUCUGCUCCUUCUCGUGUGGGAUUCUCGGUGAGAGUGCCGAGCCUCUGUUAGAAGCCAUGGCCCAGCGCGCGGCGAAGACGGGUUCGUUCUCCGACGCCGAAGCCUGCCUCAUCGCCAUGAGCGAGAGCAACCAGAUGGAGACCAUGAUACAUCUCGCUGACGUCAUGUUCCCCAACAAAGUCAUUGACCUCACGUCCCUCCCCACCCUAUCCCCCAUGGGCAUGGCAGCGAUCAUACACCUAAUUAACGUCUCUACGUUCCUUUGGCGACUUGAGAUCCUUCCUUCUGAUCUGACGAUCUCGGACGGAGUCUACGGACUGAUGCGAAGACUUGAAGCAGAUCCUUUCCUAGAGAAAGUGAAUCUGCGGAGCUCCGUUGAUGGCGACAUAGAUACGCUCUGUCAGCUGUUACAUCUGAUCCCCAUCCUGGCCGCCAUGAGAUUCAAGGAAGACUUUGGACAGUGUAGUCUUGAUGAAUGUGAGAUAAAAGUCCGCAAAGUUGACCUGUCCUGUAACUACCUAGACAAUGAUGACAUCUUGCGGCUCGCCAAGGUACUGCCGUUCCUGUCGAAGCUGGAGCAUCUAAAUCUAUCCCGUAACUGUGUGACGGCAGACGGCGUGUCGGCCCUGACGCGUUCUCUUGCGUAUCUGCGCAACGUCUCAAAGAUUGACCUUAGCAGUAACCGUCUCGGCCCGGACGGAGGGAAGGAGCUGGGUGUUAUACUCAAGGUCUGCCCUGUCGUCCGCCAUCUUGAUGUCUCAGACAACCAGCUCGGCGAUGAAGGGAUGUCCGCCAUGGCAGAGAACAUGCCGCACGUCAAGUCUCUGAGAAGAUUCCUGGUCGCCAACAACGGCAUGACGUUCUCCGGGAUAUCGUAUUUAUCCCAGGGGCUUCUUAAGGCAACGGCAAGGCUGGAGCUCUUGGACGUCAGCGGAAAUGACGUCACGUACGAAGGUGCGCUAGCUCUGGCCGCCACCCUUCCCCACAUGAACCACAUCCAUGACGUGAACGUGUCUGACUGUAAUCUCGGGGCAGACGGAGCAAGCGCAUUGGCCAAAACCUUCCCGGAACUGAAGAGUCUGAAGAAAGUGAACAUGAGUCGGAACGCGCUCCGUGACCGCGGUGUUGUGGCGGUCCUUCAGCACGUCAGCGAGCUCUCUCCGCCAAUCCAAGUCAACCUGGAGGCUAAUGACAUUAAGAGCGACAUGAUUGACCAGAUUGUGAAUGAAAUCAGCAACCUACCCCUCCUGGGGUCCCUUGAUCUGAGCCACCUAACCCUCCGACGGUACGAGGCCUUCGCUCUUGCCUACACGCUGCAGCGGAUGUCUUCCCUAGAGACCCUGGACCUCAAUGACAGCUUCAUCGAGGAAGCAAACUUCGCGCCCAUCGGGGCUAAUCUCAAGCACCUCUCGCUGCUCCGAAGCCUGCAGGUCUAUAACAACAGGAUAGGGUGCGCAGGCGCCAUGGGUCUGGCCAGCUCGUUACCGUUCCUGACACACCUCAUGCACCUCAACAUCCAGUUCAACUCCAUCCCGGAAUCUGCCAUGCUUGCCGUGACCGAGAACGUCAAGUACCUACCUUCUCUCGUGUUCCUCGAUCUGGGGUGGAACGCGGUCGGCAACAACGGAGCCAAAGCCCUCGCGGCGUCCUUCUCAAGUCUCCCUCACCUGCGCACUCUCCUCCUCCACUCAGCUCAGAUCGGAGACGACGGUGCAGCGGAAGUCAUCCAGGCAUUGCCAAUGCUCACGAAGCUGGAGGUCCUGGACCUUGCCGUUAACAAGAUCAGUGACAGCUCCAUCGCGCCCCUGGUGCAGAGCCUGAACGGUCUCCUGCAGCUGCAGAGCGUGGAUCUAUCCUUUAACGAGUUCAGUAACGCCGGGAUCUGGGAGAUGAGCGGGGCGGUACGGGAGGACGUCUGUCUGACGGUCCUGCUGAAGACACCCGGGCAGUAGGAACGUUUAGAACGAACACAGCCCUCACGGACACAACCCACAGUUACAGAGGUACUGUAACGCAUUGGAAAAUAGAUUAGCCAGUAACCCUAGUCCUUCAUGGAAUCGCAUAUUUAUCAAUUUUACAUGAAAGACUCGAGAGGCACAGUGACACCUAUGACGCUAAAAACUCCAGAUGUUUCAAAGUUCCAUGAUUUUUAUGGGGGGAGGGGCAUUAAGAAAACCCCACAAAGGUCACAAGAUACUCUCUAAGCCCAUCAGACGUUCAUUGCAGAAACCGAUACCUUUUACCGACUUACCUGAUUUCCCACAGCCGAUGGAUAGCUUAAAAAGAGGGUAACGACAUCUACAUUCAACCUCUGCUUUGAGAGUAUCACAAGAGAACAUAAUCUAAACUGUACAUGUCUGUUGUAGUGCACAAAAGGCGCGAGCAGCAACGCCAUAAACCAAUGUUAUGUGAAUGCUUCGAACCAUCGCCUCAGAAAUGUUAGUAGUGAACAAGGUCUCAAAGUUCACAUAAUUUUAAGAUACGUGUAAAUACAUAUCUAAGAAAGCAUCUGUAAAUCGUUUACCAAAGCCAUUGAAGUAUGAACAAUAUUUAGAACACUAUAGAUGUAUAAAAAGAUGUUUUAAAAUGCUUUAUGUGUCACGUGAAAGAAAAGAUUAAGAAGUGCAACAAAGAUGGAUAAACCAACAAGUGCAAAGAAAAAGGUGCAUAGCCAUGUGAUGUUAAUAAUGUUACUAACGAAAUGACAUAUCAAAACCUAAAUAUGUUAGUUUCCGUUGAGUCGUUGACUUUUUUUGAAUUUUCAAAAUCUUUAAAUCCAUGUAUCAAGAACCGUACUUCUGUCUGUACGAAAUCUUGUCCUUGUAACGGAACAAAGUAAUAUUAUAACUUAGGGCGUUUUAUGUGCAUGCUUUAAAAGAGAGAUUCAAAUCAGAAUCAAGUGACCACAGGUAAUUCCCUCUGAAUUCCUCUGAUAAUGACGUCAUGAGAACCGCACACGUCAUUUUCUGUAUGUCGUAAUCACUUGAGGAACACUUAUUGUAUGACUUUGGUGUUGAAAAGAGCACAUUGCCGAUACUGCAUGAUUUUAAAAAUUAAAAAAAUUGCACAAUUAAUACACUUCUUGCAAUUAAGAUGAUAUCAAGAAGAAUACUGAGCUGAUUGUCAAAUAUCAAAAAUAUAGAAAAUAUGGAUGUCCUAUCGUUUGUGUAAAGUGAGAUAACAUUAUUUAUUAAGAGUAUUUAUCCAGCUAAGAAAUAUAUGAAUAUUGUAAAAUGUUUUUGUGGAAAUGUGUCGCCCGUAUACGUGCUUCUCCAAAUGUCGGAUAGUUGCACUUAACUCAGACAUUAAUGCAUAGAUAUGAUACAUAUAUAUGCUAGUAUGUUAGUUAUAGAUACUUUAUUGCUUAGAAUUGAUUGUAUAGAUAAGAAAAUCUACUCCAGUCAUGAAUAUCGAUAAGGGGGGAUAUAAACUCAGUCACAUUUCGGACCGAAUUCUUCACACUGCAGCAGCGACGCCUAGCUGCAGUGCGAAGUAGCACAAGUAAAUAUUGCCCUUAGGAAGAUGACAAACGUUCACCGAAACUUCGCAUAAGUACAUAUAUGAGAACUGGGUUUUAUACAAAUAGCUUUAUCUGCUAGUAUUUAGAACGUCAGUCAUUCAUUUCCGUACUGUGACAAAGAGUAGACUUACGUCAUAUUGUAUUGACCAAUUAUCUCUUUGUGCAUUCAUAGACAAAGCACUGGUUCAUUCAGUAUGUGUAAUGACGUUUGAUUGGUCCGAUUGUAGAACAGUAAUUCUAAGGGGCAAACUAACAUGUUUUUCAUUCUUGUAACUGAAUCUAUUUUGUUUGACAGAUGUUUAUGACUUGUAACACUGGAUAUACUGACACAUAUGUUGCGAGCGUGGUGAAAUCAUCAUAUUAUACAUGUUCACGACUACGAGAA